AUGAGCGGACGCCAGGCUACUCUGUUCCAGACGUGGGGGGCCAGCCUCGGCCGCACCAGCACCAGCACCAGCACCAGCAGCAACUCCCGGGGCCCGAGCUGCAGUGCUGACAGCGAGCAGCUCCCCGGACGACCCGGCGGCUCCUGCUCUCCGCCCGCCCGGGCCCAGCCGGCGGCUGCUGCUGGAGCCAGCUCGCAGUUGGAGUCGGACGAUGACGUGCUGCUGGUCGCCGUGUACGAAGCCGAGCGGAGGCUGAGCCUGGAGCACGGCGGCUUCUGCACGUCGGCCGGGGCCUUGUGGAUUUACCCCACCAACUGCCCCGUGCGAGACUACCAGCUGCACAUCGCCCACACCGCCCUGGGCUGCAACACGCUCGUGUGCCUGCCCACGGGGCUGGGGAAGACCUUCAUCGCCGCCGUGGUCAUGUACAACUUCUACCGGUGGUUUCCUUCGGGCAAGGUGGUGUUCAUGGCACCCACGAAACCUCUGGUGGCCCAGCAGAUCGAGGCUUGCUACCGGGUCAUGGGGAUCCCGCAAGCGCACAUGGCUGAAUUGACAGGUUCUACUCAAGCUCUCACUAGGAAGGAAAUAUGGCAGAGUAAGAGAGUCAUGUUUCUUACUCCUCAGGUCAUGGUGAAUGAUCUUUGCCGAGGAACUUGUCCUGCUGCUGAAAUAAAAUGUCUAGUUAUUGAUGAAGCUCAUAAAGCUCUUGGAAACUAUGCUUAUUGCCAGGUUGUAAGAGAACUAGUCAAAUAUACAAAUCACUUUAGAAUCUUGGCUCUUAGUGCUACACCAGGCAGUGAUAUAAAGGCUGUGCAACAGGUUAUUACAAACUUAUUAAUUGGAAAGAUAGAGCUUCGUUCUGAAGAUUCUUCUGAUAUUUUGCCAUACUCUCAUGAAAGGCGAGUUGAAAAGCUAGUUGUUCCACUUGGUGAAGAACUUGCAGCCAUCCAGAAAGCAUAUAUCCAGAUUUUGGAAGCAUUUGCUAGUUCUUUGAUCCAGAGGAAUGUUUUGAUGAGAAGAGAUAUACCCAAUCUCACAAAAUACCAGAUUAUUCUGGCAAGAGAUCAGUUUAGGAAAAAUCCAUCUCCAAAUAUUGUGGGAAUACAGCAGGGGAUAAUUGAAGGAGAGUUUGCGAUUUGUAUUAGUUUAUAUCAUGGUUAUGAAUUACUGCAGCAAAUGGGAAUGAGAUCUUUAUAUUUAUUCCUCUGUGGAAUUAUGGAUGGAACUAAAGGAAUGACUCGGGCAAAAAAUGAACUUAGCCGAAAUGAGGACUUCAUGAAACUUUAUGAUCAUUUAGAGAGCCUAUUUGCACAUACACGUACUUCAGCUGGUGGCAUUGCUCCUGUCCAAAAAGGAGAUAAAGAUAGAUUUUUCUAUAGUCAUCCAAAGUUAAAGAAAUUAGAAGAAAUUGUCAUUGAACACUUUAAGUUGUGGAAUGCCAGAAACCCCUCUGAGAAGAAAUGUGAGACCCGAGUUAUGAUCUUCUCAUCAUUUCGAGAUAGCGUUCAAGAAAUUGCAGAAAUGCUUGUUCAGCACCAGCCAAUUAUAAGGGUGAUGACUUUUGUUGGCCAUGCCACAGGGAAAUGUAUGAAGGGCUUUACUCAGAAGGAGCAGCUGGAGGUGGUGAAGCAGUUUCGUAGUGGUGGUUAUAAUACAUUGGUUUCUACUUGUGUGGGUGAAGAAGGUUUGGAUAUAGGUGAAGUUGAUCUUAUAAUAUGUUUUGAUGCCCAGAAGAGCCCAAUCCGGCUAGUACAACGAAUGGGUCGAACUGGCCGCAAACGACAAGGCCGGAUUGUUGUUAUUCUUGCUGAAGGCCGAGAAGAACGUAACUAUAAUCAAAGUCAGGUCAACAAGAAAAACAUCUAUAAAGCUAUUUCAGGUAACAGACAAGUCCUUCAUUUUUACCAAGGAAGUCCACGAAUGAUUCCUGAAGGGAUUAAUCCACAGUUGCAUAAAAUGUUCAUUACACCUGGUGUCUAUGAAUCAGAGAAACCUUCUCGGCACAGAUCAUCUCUCUUUUCUUCUAAGAAUGGAAUCAGACAAAACAUCUCAAAGAAAGAUUGGUUAUUGUCAGAAGAAGAAUUUAAAUCAUGGAAUAGACUUUAUAGAUUGAAGGAUAGUGAUGAUGUUAAAGCAAUAACGUUCCCUCAAGCUCAGUUUCUCUCCUUAGAAGAGAACAGACCAAUUCAAGAACCAGCCAGUGAUGUUCAUCAGCUCUCUCUCUCUGAGUGGAGAGUGUGGCAGGAUCGUCCUUUUCCUACCUAUCAAGUUGACCAUUCAGAGCGAUGCCACCAUUUUAUAAGUAUCAUGCAAAUGAUAGAAAGAAUGAGACAGGAACAGGAAGAAUGCAGCUAUGACUUGGAAAUUAAAUCUUAUUUACAAAUGGAAGAUGUUAACCCAGAAUUUAAUGCUCCCAGGAAUGACUAUCAGCCUCUUGUCAAUGGUACCUUUGUUAGAAGUAGAAAAUCUUCAUUAAUAAAGAAUACAGAUCAAGGGAGCUUAUUCUCAAUGACAGAGUCCAAUGAAGAAGAUGCUGGAAUUUUUAAACAGAUUCUUACAAAACCUACUAAAAUUGUUUCAAAGAAAAAAACAUGUAAAAAACUGAAAAAGGAUCAAACUAUAAAAGAAAACAUUGAUGUUAUGGGUUCUUUAGAUGCUAAUGGCAAUUCUACCGCUGAAAAUGUUUUUCGCGAAGAUGUACAAAAUAAUAAAACAGCAUCAGAGAUAGAGGAAGUGGCUACCUCAUGUGCUAUCAAUAAAAACAUUGUUAAUCAUCCAGGUGGAUUACUAACAGAAGGUCAGUUUAUAAAUAAAUCUAUUUCACUGGCUGGAAAUCUUUUAGAUUCUGGUUAUAACAGUUUUAGUGAUGAGAAAUCUGUUUCAUAUAGCAUACUUUUUCCAAUUGAAAAAGAACUUUUUGUUGCAAGAGAAGAUGACCAUGUUCAGAAUAGUUGUUUGUUAACAAAAGAGGUACUGGCUAAUGUGGAGAGAUUUUUGUCUCAAUCUCCUCCCUCUCUCAGUGGACUCUCAGAUUUGGAGUAUGAAAUUUUUACAGAUUCUUCACUUAAGAAUUUACGUAGCCCAUCUUAUAUAGAAUAUUCACAAAAUGAUGAAUCCACCUGUCUGAUGUCAUUAUCAGCUAUAAAAUCUCAACAGAAUGUGGAACUGAAUCCAGUUAAAUUUAUGACUAAUUCUUCUAAAAAAAGUCCGAAUGAUAUCACUAAUAAAGAUAAAGAUACUUGUAAUGAACCAAACUUCAGUGGCCAUGAAGAGGAAGUAAUAAGUAAAGAAACUCAAAAUGAAACAAACAACCAUACAAAAAUAAAUAUAGGCCCUUUAAAAUACUCUGGUGAAGAAAAUCAUGUUGAUAACAAUGACCUCUCAAUGCUGUUUACUGAUCAAGAUGAGAGUUUACUGUUAUUUGAUGAUACUAAUGCAGAGGUUAGUGAUGUGAACUAUUCUCCUUUGAAAAAUAUGUGCGAAUCAUCAGAGAAAACAACUCUGAGUGAAAUACCAGUUGCUUCUCAUUUCUUUAUUUCUGAUGAUCUUUUGACUGACAAUAAUUCUGAAUCCCAAGAUCAAAUUAUUGCUAAUACUAACAGUUGGAAGUCUCAUGAAAAUUUGGAAUGUGUACCUGACGCAAAACUGAAGAGUGAUGAAAAUGCUUUUGAUUGUUCCCAGGAUUUAUUUUCUGUUACUUUUGAUUUAGGAUUUUGUAGUCCAGGAUCUGAUGAUGAACUAAUUGAACAUAUGUCAGAUAAAAAUAAGAAUACAUCUUUAAGUGAUCAGCCUGGUAGAUGUUUAGGUAUUAAGGACAUAAGUGGUGCAAUUCAUACUUCAAAUCCAGCAGUAGUAUCAAAAAGUGAUGUUGCUAAUUCCCUGAGUAGGACCAUUACCAGUCCAUCAAGUGACAAUAAGCAGAACCCAACUUUUUCAUGUUUUCACUUGAGUUCAGCAAACAAUAAAAAAAGUGUGUCUCCUGGAUAUUCUCAAUUUUCUUUGCCAGUAGGAAAAAGAGUUAUGAGUACACCACUUCAUAAAUCAAACACAUUAAACUCAUUUUCUAAAGAGAGAAAAGAAAUGCCUAAGAUGUUAGGUUCUAGCAAAAGAAAAAUAAAUACACAGAGUGUUAAAGAAACAUUGAAUUCAACUGGUGAUUUAGGACCUUUCGUAGAAAAGACUGUAUGCCGAGAACAAAUUAAUAUACGUUCAUCUUGUCAUUCUGCUGAAGAUGAACUAUUAAGAAGCAGUGGAAGUGAAGAGGAGGUUGUGAUUUUUCGAAGGAAAAAUAAAAAACCAAAAGGAAAUGUCAUAGAAUCUCCUGAGGAUCCAAAGAGUAGUGACUUUGACUCUCCACUUCAUAAUGUCAAAAAGCGUAGGAUUCUUCCAAAGAAAGUAAGUAGAAAACAGUUAUCAUCUAGUGAUGAAAAUGAAAAUUUUCAUGAAGGACAUUCAGAAGUAGAGGAGAUUAAGGAUUCUAACAGAAUUGCCAAAAGAGUCAUCAAAGUCAAAAGGAGACAGAGUCAUCUAAAGCUUAUAGCUCGGAAAUUUAUAGAUGAUGAAGCCGAACUUUCCCAAGAAGAUGCAGAGAGUGUUUCAUCUGAUGAAAAUGAUGAGUCAGAAAAUGAAGCAGAUUCCUCAAUACUUGACUUCGUAAAUGAUCAAACUCAACUUUCACAGGCUGUGAAUGAUUCUGAUAUGAGAGCUAUUUAUAUGAAAUCUUUGCACAGUCCACUUAGGAACAAUCAAUACAAAAUGGUCCAUAAAAAAUACGACAGCAUAAACAUUUUCUCACAGAUUCCUGAGCAAGAUGAAACUUAUUUAGAAGACAGUUUUUGUGUUGGUGAAGAGUCUUGCAAAAGCCAAUCAAGUGAAGAAGAAGUGUGUGUUGAUUUUAAUAUAACUGAAGAUUCCUUUACAAAUGGGAGUAAAAAAUAUAAAACCCGGGGUGCAGUAAAGCUAAAACAAAUGAAGAGGAGACAGAAUGACACAUGCACUAAAAAGAAAUCCAGAAUUAUUUUACCAGAUGACUCAAGUGAAGAGGAAAACAAUGUAAAUGAUAAAUCACACAGUGUCAUUAAACCAAGUACUGUUCACAAGAGUGCACAGAGUCAUUGUUUAAAUUUAGCUCCUUUUACAUCUUCUCAGCAGUCUAAUAACCAUUCUGAGUCAACUAUUUACAAAUCACCAAAGCAGAGACAACGGAUACCAUUUGAUUUAAAGGAUACAGUUUCUGAUGCUUUGGAUUUUAAACCACAGAACUAUAAUAAAAUGGACUCUACGUCAUCAUCAUUCACUGCUGUUGCCUUGGAGAAAGACACUAGAAAAUUUCCAGUUCACUUUAAGUGGUUUGCACUUUUUCAGGAUUCUGGUACCUCAUUGGCAUUUUGCUCCAACUCAAAAUUUCAUUUGUUUGAUAUGCAUGCCCCUCUUCCACAGGAAUGUCAAAGAGCAUGUAUUUUUGUAGACAGUCGUGAAAUCACUUCCGGCUCAGCAGUAAUUUCUUCCUUAAGAGCAAUUCAUGGCUUACAUGUAGAGGUUUGUCCUCUCAAUGGUUGUGAUUACAUUGUAAGUAACCGAAUGGCAGUGGAAAGAAAAUCUCAUUCUGAAAUAAGUAAUAUCAAUAACAACAAAUUCAUCGAUCAGAUCCAGCAUCUUCAGAGCAUGUUUGAAAGAAUAUGUGUGAUUGUGGAAAAGGACAGAGACAAAACAGGCGACACAUCCAAGAUGAUUAGGAGAACAAAGAGCUACGAUAGUCUACUCACUACCUUAAUUGGUGCAGGAAUCCGAAUUCUUUUUAGUUCCUGCCAAGAAGAAACAGCAGAUUUAUUAAAAGAACUGUCUUUAGUGGAGCAAAGGAAGAAAGUUGGUAUUCAUGUUCCAACAGUGAUGAAUAGUAUUAAGUCUGAUGCACUUCAGUUUUAUUUAAGUAUUCCCAACAUAAGUUAUAUAACUGCAAUAAAUAUGUGUCACCAGUUUUCAUCUGUGAAAAAAAUGAUUAACAGCUCACCCCAAGAAAUCUCCAAGUAUGUACAAGUAACUCAUCAAAAGGCUGAGGAUAUCUAUAGAUAUGUUCACUCUGUGUUUGACAUGCAACUUAACCAUGGUCCUGACUAGACUGAAGUCUGAGGCACAAGAAGACUGCUCAAGGCACAGAUCUCAACAGCUGUCACAAUGCACUUUGGC